UGGAGGGGGCACUACUCUGAAUAUGAGAACUGCUUUGGGCUGCUCUUACUGGCCAGCCUCAGUGUGUGUUUGUGUGUGUGCUUGUGUCGCUCCUUUCUCCCCAGACGCGGGAUCCUCCUUCCUUCAGCUCAUCGCCGGCCAAAUCCUCCUCUCCUGUCCCGAAACAUGGAGCUGUCCGCGGCCGGGGACCGCGUGUUUGCCGCCGAGGCCAUCCUGAAACGGCGCGUCCGCAAGGGUCGAAUGGAGUACUUAGUGAAAUGGAAAGGGUGGGCUAUAAAGUACAGUACUUGGGAGCCAGAGGAGAAUAUUCUUGAUGAACGCCUUGUAGCAGCAUUUGAGCAAAAGGAGAGAGAACAGGAGCUUUACGGACCAAAGAAGAGAGGACCCAAGCCUAAAACACUUCUCCUAAAGUCAAGAGCACAGGCUUCAGAUGGCGCCCCCCGAGUUCCUGAGUUCAAACACACUCGACCCCAGCCAUCCUCCAAACCUCCGCUACCACCCCUUCCCACACCCUCAUACCCCCCUAGUUGCCCGUCCAACGCUAAGCUGCAGUCUGGAGCAGCCCAGCCAAAACUGAAGAAGGAUAUACACCGCUGUCAUCGCAUGUCACGACGACCCUUGCCUCGCCCAGAUCCUUUAGCCCAGUCAGUCGGUCACUCACUCAGCCCCUUCUCUGAGACAGUCCGCAUUCUGAACCGGAAAGUGAAACCUCGUGAGGUCAAGAAGGGGCGGGUAAUCUUGAAUCUCAAAGUGAUUGACAAGGCUGGGAACAGCGGGGCAGCCAAUAACCGAAGGACUCCGAGCACCGCUCACCAGUCCCAUGUUGGGCGGCAGAAGGUUCCGUCUCGAAAUAGAGUUAUUGGGAAGAGCAGGAGGUUUGGAGAUGUCUCAUAUAGAGGGCUGCCGCUUCCAGUGUCUGGUGCCGGAUUUUCAGUUUUUGGAAAAGCGUUUGAGGCUCAUUCAAUGGACCCUUCUGGGAAUCAGCCGAAGGUAGAGCAGAGUGGUCACAAACCAGGCAGCAAAUCCUCGUCUUUGCAGUCCUUGUCUCAGAGUUCAAAACUUAUGACCUCUGAUGUACCUAAAGCACUUGGCGAGCCUCCUCAGUCGGCUUCCAGCUCUGAAGUAUCGGACAGCGAAAGCCAUCUCACGUCUUCAGCACAGUCCCACCAACCUUCAUUAGCUCACCAGUCGUCUGAGGUAAAUCCUGCCAUUUUGCCCCCUUCAAAGCCCAGCAAUCAACUAACAGACUUAAAACCCAAUUCGUCUGCAGCCCAAUCUGUACUACCUUCCUCUCCCAUGUUCUCCUCAUCAUCCUCAUCGUCAUCCUCAUCUGAAGACAACGAGCACAUCCUUGACCUCUCAGUUCCUCACGGAAGCGACAGGCGAGCCAAGCGCCACCAUCAUUUCUGUCGUCAUCAACAACCCAAGCUUCCAGAGAUUCCAGUGUCUGAGGAGGCCUCUGAAGAAGAGGAGGAACUGGACUGGCAUCCAGAGAUGGCCGCACGAUGUGCCAAUGUGGUUGUCACGGACGUUACAACUAACCUCCUCACCGUCACUAUCAAAGAGUUUUGCCAUCCUCAUGGACUACCGCCAUCAGCCUCUUCUCCAUGCUAUGCUAAUCAUUUUUCUGCUUCAAAUAAGACAAAACCCCAACCACCUCUAGCAUUAGUGCCAGCUCCAUCCCCUGAGGCUAAGCUGGCCAAGAGCUCCAGUAAUCCCCCCUUACACCAACACCCGCAGGCAGACACUGAAAGAAGCCUUCAUGCCCAAAUCCCCGCCAGGAGAGUCCCCCACACCCAGCCCAUCAACCCAAACACAGCGACAGCUUUCCACUCUCACGUUUUUUCGUUUCAGAAAGCUGUAAGUCUCCCGUUUUCUUUCUCUUUUUUCUCGUCUUUAUCGCUUGCUCCAACCGCCACCCUGAAGUUCAUCGUAGUCAUUCUGGCCGCCGGGAUGGUGGCUUUUAUCGGCGCUGUAAUCUGCAUCAUCGCCGCGGUUCACAGCGGGUCUCCUGCGGCUCCCCCGCUCACCCAGAACCGCUCCUCCUCUCCGGCUCCUUUCUCCCCGGGCUCGGUGGCCAGGGCCGGCGCUCUGGACGCUCUCCACGCCACGGAGGCUCCGGGUGGCCCCGAGGCGCCCACCUUCUACGGGCUGACCGGGGGCGUGGGCGGCGCGGGCAGCGAGCAGAGGGUCAUCUACAGCCGCCUGCUGUGCACGCCUGUGCCGCCGGGCCAGUGCGAUCCAAAGGCUGUUCAGGCGGACCAGCAGCAGGAGGAUGAGGAGGGGGAGUGGGGGUCCCUGCGCGCCGCCGCCGAGGAGCUCCGACACACCGCCCAGAGACAGCAGGAGGAGAUCCGAGCCGACCGCAGGACCAUCCGGGAACUGACGGGGAAACUGGCGGAGUGCGAGGGGACCGGAGGAGGAGGAGUGGUGCAGGAGGAGAGGGAGAGGGAGAGGGGCAUGAUGGGGGACGAGGGGCGAGCAGGAGCAGUAGAGGAGCUGGAGAGAGCCAUACUGCACAUGAAGGAGAGGAUAGAGAGACUGGAGUCAGAAAUGGCCCCUUUGGCUCACAACCACACGGAGACAGGACAGAAAAGUGCAGGCAGGGUCCAGAGUGGCACUAAGGGUCAGGGCGCAGUGGUACAGAGGAAAGUGGAGGAUCUGGAGGGAGAGCUGAAGAGAAAGAUGAAGAUGUUGGAAGAGGAAAGGAAAGCCCUGCGCAAAGAGACACAGAAACAUCAGGAGCACAUUGACCAAGGACUGGACGCUGUCCACCAGCGCAUCAGUAGCCUUGAGCAAGGUCUGUCUGAGAACAAGUUUCCGGAGGGUUAUAGGCUUUCGUUUCCUAUGAGGAGCAGCUCCAUGUAUGCUGUGGUGAAGCACUCCAUCCCUGCCCUCCACGCCCUCACCCUCUGCAUAUGGCUAAGACCUGCGCAGAGCAUCCUGGGAACUGCAGUUUCUUACGCCGUGUCAGAGCAGAGUCAUGAGCUGGUGCUGCAGCAGCUGGUGCAUGGCCCCAUUGAGUUCAUCAUCAACAAUGAGGUGGCGCAGUUCACUCUGAACCUGACGGUUGGUGUGUGGCAGCAUGUGUGCAUCAGUUGGAACAGGAGAGCUGGGGUGUGGCACGCCUACCUAGGAGGCAAGCUGAAAGGUGAGGGAAAGGACCUGGCAACCCGCCACUCCAUCCGGCCUGGAGGAACACUUGUCCUGGGCCAGGAACAGAGUUCGAUGGGUGGGCUUCGCUUCGUGGCCUCACGGGCUUGGAUAGGGGACCUCUCUCAGUUUAACAUGUGGGACCGGUUGCUUACUCACGCAGAGCUCAACGCCCUUGCCCACUGCAGCACUGGCAUGCUGGGUAAUGUAGUCCCCUGGAACAGCCGUGAGGUGGAAGUGUUCGGAGGGGUCACCAAGCAGCCAGCCGAACACUGCAGCCAUCAUGCUAGCAUACGGCAGUGA